AUGCACAAGCCUAAAACGCAGGCUACACCAUCGGCAAAAAUCGAAGUUUACGAUCCUUCUGAGAUCCUUGGGACUGAGUUAUCGAUCAUACCCCAGGCAGGAACGAUUUUUAAGCAAUUCACCGGCAUGAAUCAUGAUUAUGAGUAUUAUCAAUCUCCUUUCACUCCUUCAGGUGGAAACAAUCAGAAUGUGCCCCAAAGAGUAGAAAAUGCUGAGAACCAAGAGUUUGAAACAAUCACCUCUGGAGAUGUUGAAAAGCUAGAACAAGCUUUCAUCGCUGAUAUUCCAACUGAGCCCGCUGGAAAUUAUAUCACGUCUUCUAACAUGCUUUCCCAAACCACGGAGAAUUUCAAUGCCAUUCCAUCCAUGGACAAUCAGCAUUUCUUUUCUGACAACGAAAUAUUUCCAGUGUCUCCAACGCAGAUUCCAAUGCCAACCGCACCUAGAAGAAGAAGAAAGAGUUCUAGGAGAAGCGAUUCAUCCAGAUCAGAUUCCACUAUUAUCAAGGGGAAAACACCUUACAAUUUUAUUGGAGCAAUUCCUGAUAAGCCAUUCACUCCAUUUAAUCCUCUUCCAUAUUAUCGGCGUAAUAAUGGAUUGACUUUUAAGAACUUCAAGCAACUGAGCAAUGCGGAUCCCCACGUGACCUUCGAAAUGAACAAGAAAUUUACCACAAAUAUGUACGAGCCAGCAGUGAACAAAAAGUUCAAUUACUUGGGAAAUGUGCAGAGCACAUCGGGUGACAAUGCCGGCGGGACCAAGACACUCAGCCAAGGCAACUUCGCUCUUUGCCCUUACUGUGAGCUCUCCAGAGAAAAUCUCACAAAUAACUGCGAGAAAAUGUUUUAUAAGAGAAACGACUCCAACUAUUUACACCACAUGAUUCAAUAUCAUGGAAUUUUUUCCAAUGGUGAGCUUGUUAAAGAUCCUCAGGUGCGUGGAUGGGCUUCAACACAGAAAGAUAAACAACUGGUGGAAGUUGUCCAAUGUCCAUAUUGCGGUGAACUUAUCAGCCUUAAAAAGUUCAAGCCUGAAAACCGAAUGGAACACCGCCUCUUGAAAUAUCUCAGACAUGUUAAGGAGAAGCACAAGACCGGAAAAAAUCUUCAGAUUAUGCAUCAGCAUCAGUUCUCGACUUCGAGUUGA